AUGAAAUUACCUGAUUAUGAAAAAUCUAUACAUCAUGAGUUACAAGCAUUAUAUAAAGAAUUAUUAGAUCUUAAAAAUAAUCGGUCUCAGUAUAUAAAUUCUAAUCAGAUAUACCAUAUUUAUAAUAAAUUCUUAAAUUAUUUAAAUGAUUUAUCAAUUAUUAGGAAAGAUGAAGAGAUUAAAGGGAUGAAAUUAGAAUUACCUAAUUCGAAUGAUAGUUUAAUUGAUGAUAUUUGGCAAUUAAUAUCUCUUUGUUUUAUAACAUGUGGAUUAACAAAAUUUGCUCCUGCAACUUAUUCAUCAUUAUCAACAGUUUAUAAAUUAUUAUUACAUUUAAAAGAUGGGAAAUUAUAUACUGAUGAAGAUUUAAAACCAAUUAAUAAUCGUUUACAAGAUAUCAAAACUAUUAUUGAAGAUUAUAAUUAUAAUAAACCAACAGAUAAAGAUGUUUAUAAGGUUGAUAAAAUAGGUGAAGAAGCCGAUGAAAGUAAUGGUGAACAAAUUAAUUAUAUCAGGAAAAAGUAUAAUAAAUGUCAAGAAUUAUUCAAUGAAUUAAAUGAUAAAAUCAAUCAAAUACCUGAUGAUGUUAAAACUAUUUAUUAUAAAUUAUUAAGUUUAAGAAAGAAUUUGAUUAAUUUAAUGAUUGAAAAGGAACAAUGUUCAACCAAAAUAUUUGAAGAUGAAUUGAAAAAUAUUGAACAUUUAAGAGAUUCUGAAGGGUCAUUCACUCAAAAUGCUAAUAGUCAAAUCAUCUUAAAUGGUUUAUUAGAUGAUUGUAAUAAUUUGAUUAAAGAUAUUAAUAUUCAUAAAACUUCUAAUUUAAAUGAAUUGCUUGAUGAUUUAUCCCUUAAUGAUGAUGAAAUAGUUAAUGAAUUUAAAACCUUAUAUAAACAAUUAUGUUCAAUCAAAUUAGUAUUGGAAAAUUUAUUAAUUACCAGAAGAUGGACUUUAAGAGAAACAGAUUUAUAUAAUUAUCAAAAUGAAUUAAAGAAUAUUGAAAGUAAACGUAAAACUUUAUUAAAUGAUAUUGAUGAUAAAAGUAAUUUAAAGAAUAAUUUGAAAUUCAAAAAUUUCCAAAUCUUGUUACUUUAUCUUUUAAGAAGAUGUUAUUCAUUAAUUUAUAAACUUUUAGAAAGUAGUGAACCUGUAAGUGAAUCUUUACAACCAAUUCAUAAUCAAUUACAAACAGUCAGAAGAUGUUUAUUAGAUAUUAAAAGAAUUGAUGGUUUAAAUAAUUUAAGAGAAUUAUAUCCUUUCCAAUUUAAAUUGGCAUCACUCGAUAAUUUAAGAAAUGAUGGGAGAUUCAUUAUUAAUAAUCAAAUUCCUGAAGGUCAAGGUACUUUAAAUGCUUUAUUGGCUGAAUGUUUCGAUAUAAUGCAUGAAUUAAAGAUUGAAUUGGAAAGUAAAGAAGAAGAAAUGGAAAAUGAUGACAAAAUAUUAACUGAUGACGAAGAUAUAAAUUCUGAUGAUGAAGUAGAAUUAAAAAGGAAUAGAUAUGUGGGAUUCAAUGAAGCAGAUUAUGACCAAGAAAGUGAAAGUGAAGUAGAAAGUGAAUUUGAAUAUGAAGCUAAUGAUUAUUAUUAA